AUGGCCACAAAAACUAGUUCAAAGCCUUCUCUUGUCACAUUUCUUACGAUAUCAUAUCUCAUAUCGACCGUUCAUGUCAUCACGGUCGUCGAUGCAAGGAAUCUCCAGUUCACGACGAUGGCAUUGGCUAUGGAUCAUUCUGGCGCGGGAAACCUAAUGGACUGUUGGAACGCGGGGUUGGAGCUCAAGUCAUGCACCGACGAGAUCGUCAAGUUUUUCCUUAGUCAAACCGGUACGAAUGAACCGGCGGCCAAAGGUGGGAUCGACGAAGAUUGUUGUGGAGCCAUUAGGAUGAUUGAGAAAGAUUGUUGGUCCGUUAUGUUUACUUCUUUAGGACUUACGACUAUGGAAGGAAAUAAUCUGAGAGAGUAUUGUGAUUUUCAGGCGGAGAAGCCGGAACUGUCUCCUUCUCCGUCUCCGGCGCCUGAAGCUUUGGCUUUGUCUCCGGUUGAGAUUACGUACCCUGGACUUAAUUAAAUUACAGCGUUCCAUGUU